GUUGGAAAUGUCUCGGAUGAAGCAAACGAGUGUCAUGAGGCUUGCCAUGUUUACACAUAUACCGUGCGACCUUUACUCCAGAAAUGAGAGCCGAUGAGCUAAUGCAGAAGAUGAGGGGCGAAGUCGUUGUGGGAAUUGCUGAUCAAAACAAGCGCUUGAAAGCUGAGGAGGUGCUUGCUGCGCGCAAAGAGGCACAAUCAAGGCGUUAUGACGAGGGGCUAUGAAGUGGCAAUUCCAUGGAAGGAAGAUGAUACGCCGUUGUGUUCAAACAGAAAGACUGCUGAAGGCCGACUUAUCUCUUGACAAACACCUUCAGCCAAGACUGAAGGUUGCUGAGAAAUACUGCCAGGUGAUAGAAGCCAAGGUAUAAAAGAAUGAAUCCAAGGGUUACAUCCCAAUUGCAUCCAGUUGGUACCCACCCCAUUUUCAUGUAGUGAGAGAACACAAAGAGACUACGAAAGUGAGGAUAGUCUACUAUUCAGUAACCAAAUACGGAGGAAUGAGCCAUAAUAGCAUUUUGCCUGGACCAACUGAGCAAGAUGUCUUUUUUUUAAAUGCACUAUUUUGUUUCCGCAGUUAUCUUGUGGCCCUUGUAGCAGAUCUGACGGAAAUUUUCUCACAAGUUACCAUGGUAAGGAAAGACGGAGGGCACCACCCCUUCCUGUGGGGGUGGAGGUUACACCUCUCUAGACUUCCAGAAGUCUAUGAAGCAAUAAGCUUGAUGUUCGAUGACCGCGCCUCACUUUAUCUUGCCCAGUACGUUGUGCGACAACAUGCAGAAGAUAACAGAAAUGACCACCCGCUAGCAAUAAUCGUAAUCUUAUUACUGGUGUACGUGGAUGACAUUAUGACUUCAUUGAGCACUAACGAUGAAGCGAUUAAAGCUCGAGAAUAGCUUAGGGAGCCACUUGGAAAGACAGGCUUCAAAAUGCGGUCUAGUUGUAGCAACAGACCAGAACUACCUUGCAUGAAAGCAUAAGGAAAGCAAUAAGAUGAUGAGACGGAUGUGUUUAACUUCAAGUUGAAUCCCCUGCAGGAUGUUGUCUAUACCGAGCGAAGGUUCGGAAAAUAAUUUUAUAUGCUUUUUUACCCAUUACAGAUGCUAGAGGAAGGAUGGAUAUGCAGAGAACAUGGUUACCUGGUUUAAAAUAGGAUGACUUGAAGAAGACGUAUCAAGAAUGGUUCAGUGAGUUACCAGAAUUUUCCAGAGGACAGUUUUCAAGGUGCUAUCGCAUUGCUGGGAAAAUUGUUGUUUACACAUCUAUUCAUACAAUGGUAGACGCGUCGCUGUUGGCAUAUGCAGAUGUAACUUACGUUAGGCGCAAAUAUGAAGAUGCAACUCGAGAAGAAGAAGAAGAAGAGGAAGAAGAAGAAGAAGAAGAAGGGAAGCAGGUUAGAGCUCUUGGCAAGAAAGAAAGGUGUAAGAGCUGUACACUCUGAACAGACAGAAAGGGCGUCUUUUUCUGGAUCCAGAGUCAGUCGAGGAGAUCUUAGACUUCUGUGGCCAACGGAAUAUUUAACAAUUAUUCCUCGAGCCCGAAUAGGCUCUGAGUCAAUAGCCCAUGAGGCCGAAGGCCGAAUGGGCUAUUGACUCAGAGGCUAUGAGAGCGAGAAGAAUAAUUGUUUUAGUGAAAUCCAACUACUUGGUAAAAAAAUGUCGAGACAAAACAACUUAAGCUAGUUAAAGCUAGAAUUUAAUCCUUUUUUGCCACUAAAAAACCGGCGCCUUUCGCCACUAGUGGGUUAUAACAUAUAGCCUAGUAGUAGCUCAACCAAUGAGAACGCAGAAUUUAUAAUAGACCGCUAAUUGAAUUUUACUAACAGAUUUAUCAGACGCCUAACCCUAGACAGUGGAGACAUGUACAAGACUUUUGUCGCCAACCGAGCAUCAAAGAUUCAUCAGACGCCUAACCCCAGAUAGUGAAGAGACUUACAAGACUUUUGGCGCCAACUGAGUAUUGGAAAUUAAUCAGAAGUAUACAUAGAACCUCGAUGAAUUGGCGUUUGAUCCCAGGAGCCGUUGGAUACUAAUUCUUUACCUGGUAAAGCUGUCCUGGGGGCACUGGACAGAAGAGUUUCUGGAAACACUUAAUACCUAAAAGUUGGAAAUGUCGUGCUCGUUGUCGAUCAAAAUUCUCCAAUCGGUCGGUGGUAGUUUUUCUGCAUCAGGAUGGGCAGGGACGCGUUGUGCAGGUGAGUAUAAGGCGCCAGAAGCUUAUCCACCCUAUAACACGAUUGUAUCGAUUGAGCGUCGCUGACCAGCCAUAGUCCUAAAGAGAGGAGCUGAGGAUCCGGAGCUCCUUGUAAGCUCCAGGUUAUAUCCCUGCGUAGGGGACUGGAACUAGUCAACUAAAAAGUUCCCUGAGCACGUGGAAAAUUGGCUGUUUUGUGUUCUUCUUUGAACCAGGCUUUGGAACAGAAUUUUUCACGCCUGAGAAAAUCCAAAAGGCGAGUUCCAUAGCGCAAUGUAUGUUUCCAGAUUUCCGCAGGUAUACUCCAGGGGCUUUACCUUCCUUUCCUGCGUCGAUGUUACCUAACAGUUCCUUGAAUUCAUGUUUUUCUUCAAGGCAUGCAAUGUUUACGGGUCAGCAAAUAGAACUAUGCCAGGAAACGCGUCGGCGAAACAGGUCAGCACGACAUCAGUAUAUGCAUUUCCGUGGAAUAACUGCGAGUUUGCUCGAUUGACGCCCACUCUUUGGUCUGCUCUGAUGUUCCUUCCCGAGAAGGGACUUUUUGGGGGCUCAUUUCCCAAACAGCGGCUGGUAAUCAAGUCUAAUUUCAAGUCAAAGUUAUUCGAACUCAGGGGCUGUCAGGGGUUGAGCUUUUUCGAACUGUUAUCAGCGAAACACCUGUAAAACAGAUUACAUUUAACAUUAAAUCGGUGUUAGAAAUAUGUUGAUGAUGUUACUUACAGUCGGAAAUAUGUAGUAAGAAUACUAGAAAAAAAACUCGAUUUGUUAAAAACAUGGAAUCCUUGGGUAAUGAUGACGUCUCAGCCCUGAACUCCCCCAAGUAUGAAAUGGUUAGGGAUGACGUAAAACAGAACUAAAUGCCCGAAGGGACCGCUUGGGUUGAUUUUGUGACAUUCACUGCACCUUUAUACUUGUACUGUUUUGCGUUUUGUCUGUACAGUGACAUUCCGUGAAGCAGCUGUUUUGGAGCUAUUAAAAAAUGCAGUUUACAUUUCUUCGUCUCAUUUCGUUCUCUUAAACAAACGUUAUAAACACUGACCACCAAAGAGAAACUCUCGAGUUUGACCAAAAUUAUGGCCCGAAAGACACUCGGUAAGCGUGGACUUGCGUUUUGAGAGGCGAAUAACAGUGUAUAAGCACUUGGAGGGUUUGCCAGACACAUGUUUAUCAUUCACAAAUCUUCUUUUGGAUUAGCUCUCCCUCACUACAUGAAACUCAUCCUAAUGCAAUCGAUACAGGUAAAUCUUUGAUUGGAAACGAUUUUACAGACACAAAUCACUUUGGAGAAAUUAUUGAGAGGCUCAGUCUAAAACAAGCAAGUUGCAUUAAGUGAACGCUUGAAUUAAGCUAGCUUAUUAGCAGAGGGAUGCACGCUUACAGAAAUUUGCCUGCAAUUGAUUUCUGUGCUGACGUAUUCCCUCUUUACAAAUUUCCCUAUUCAUUUCCAAAUUCUUUCUCUGGCUGUUAAAAUGAAUUGCAUGUAAAAAGUGCGAGAGGAAUAAAGGAAAUUACACCUUCUAAUAAAAUCUUUCCUUAUAGUUAAAAGAAUUCUUGAAACUGAGAGUGUUUUGAUCAAAGCAGCGUAAAUCGAUUUGAUUCAGUGCAUGGAAUCUUGCGUUUUCUGUUUUUAUCUCCCUAAUAAAAUAUCAAUAUGAAUCUGUAAAUUUCAAAGAGCUACACAAGAGUCACACAAAGGCAAAGGAUACAAUUGACCGAAAAAAAAAAAAGAAAAAGGGGCGUUGUAAUGUCAACUACAUUAAACACCUGCAUAUAUAUAAGAACCAACACCGUAACUCAUAUGUUUACCUAUAUUAUAAAUCGUAUUUAUUGCUCUUUUCAUUUUAAAUUUCCUUUUUUUAUAUCAAUGAAAGUAGUAUGUUGAGGACGUUUCCCCUUUACCAACUUUAUUUGCAGAACCUUCGACACCAUCGUCAAAAAAUACCACAAACUCAACUUCAACAGGUCAGUGAUGUUAAGGGGUGGUCACUAAGUAUAGUGUUGCAAUGGGACUAAUUGCAGUGGCGGAACCAGACCUUCAGAUAAGGGAGGGGGGGGCGGUCAUCCAGACCCUGAUAUAAGGGGGGUGGUCUCAGUUUGGUCCAAUAAUAUCGGGGGGGGGCCUUUCCUGGAUCCGCCACUGAAUUGCCAACCAAAUCUAAAAAUAGUAUCCAGAUCUUAUCGCUUUUCAAAUAAUACGAAACAGUGGAAGAAAACAGAACCACACUGAGUCGGCCCCUGAGUCGCUGGACUGUUAAGGGAAUUCAAAAGUAAUUACCGGGUGUCAGUAAAACGCGGGGUCGCAGCCGGGGUCGGGGUAUAUCUCUUUUUUUUUAAAUAAUACUGCAAAUUAACACAACAUAGUGUAUUAAUCCCGGGUAGGCCUUUCCCGAUUGUGCUCGGCAACUUUUGAGCAACUUUUGGCAUUUGGAGCAAAUUUUUGCGGUUCUAGCAACCUUGGGCUUUGCCUUUCUGAGCAACUUUUGAGCAAAAUAUAGGUCUAAUGGCCCCACGGUUUAAAGCACAUAUCAAGCACGAAAAAGUCAACGAUUUCAUAAAAAACUUCACUGUUUUUAAUUUCUUUUUUAACUUUUUUUAAUUUUUUUAAUGUUUUGUUUUAAUGUUUCUUUAAUUUUUUUUCUCGACCGAUGUUAGUAUAUAAAAAUAUCAAGAAAUUUAGGUGGCAACUUUUGAAAUUUGGGUAGUAACUUUUCAGCAUUCCAUCCUAGAGAGUAACUUUCCAGCAUUUUACGAGCACAAUCGGGCGGACACUCCCUAUUAUGGCACAUACGGAGGGCUCAAAAGGGGGUACCUUUUUCAGGCAUUAGAUCGAUGAAAGGGUAGGGAUUUUACUUGUUAAACUAUAUGAAAGGGUGGUUCUAUCUCAGCGAUCGUCGUCGCUGUGAUCUCUGAAAAGUCAGGUUUCCAUAUGAUCGCUAUGAUCGCUGCGAUAGCUGAACUUUUUUUCUCAGCGAUCGCAGCAAUCAGAGCGAUCGUAGCGAUCAUAUGGAAAACAGGCUUUAAGCUCCCUGUUAGCCUGCGUCAAGUCGCGGACAUAAUGUACCAGUCAAUAACAAAACUACCCAUGCCCCCGCACAGACCCCUGGGAAUCGGACUUUUUUGGAAAGGUUUUGGUCAAAUUCCCGGGUAUGUUGGCAGUUUAGAUGGUCAAAUACCCCACCCGCUAGCGCUUCAAAAAGUGUCAAAUCCCGCAUUCCACCAGCGACUAUUCAUGGUCAAAAAUUUACCCACGCGUCAAACCGUUUAUUCAAAUCUAAAUAUCCUCCUAAACACAACCGAAAUAUCUCAAGUCUAGGAAAACUGUCUUACGGAGAUUUGUUCAUUCCAAUAACAUUGUUCAUUUCAGAAAGCCCGCAUUUAACGGGCUCUUUCAAGCUACAUGCUAACGGACGCAAUGUUGGGAGUUGUUCGCCAACAAUGUUGGUUCAACAAUGUUACGUCCUUUUGCACGUAGCUUCAAAGGCUCUCAAAUGCUCCAACAAAACAGUGAAUAUAGGAGUAAUGACGUCAAUAAUCCUUGAACGUAAUGUACAUGCUGAACGAAACGCUGACCAACAUUUUGACACGAAAGUCAAUGCCCGACAGGGCGCGCCUCAUUUUGGGUCAAAUUCCCCACUGUACGGAAAAAUGCCCGGGGUAUGUCCCGGGAGUGGGAGGUUUUGGAACUGACUGGUACAAAAUCUAACCGUUGUUCGAAGUUUAAUUCCGUCUUUGACGCAGGCUAGCUAGACGGAUUAAGACUCGGUACUGAGAAAAACAUUCGGCUGGUGCACGAUAUACUUAGCGAAUAGCAAGUCUCGAGUUACGUCACAAAAAACACAAUGAUCGUUAUCUCUUACACAAUAACACAAUAAGCCUCACACAAUAGAACGAGGCAAUAGUGCACAUAUUGACUUGGUAUAUCGAGCAUCAUCCAAACAUUCGCUCAUUUGUUUAAUAACCACGUUUAACUGAAUCUGUAUUUCUAAUUUUUUUCGAGUAGCACCAGCAGGUACACGAACAGUAGCAGCCGCCCAUGACAACAACAAGUCAGCCGACCAUUGGAUUACCGCGAUUGCGAUUUUAACGUCUGGACUUGGCCUUGUUUUGAUCGUGCUUACGGCGUAUCACUUUAUUAGCAAAAAGUUUGGCAAAGGAUACCGCGCCUGUAAACGUAAGAUAACAUCCAAUCAUUUAUCAUGCAAAGGAAAUCACUAAAAGGGGCUUUGUCACGAGGAUACUUGGCUGAGAUUAUUACUUGAUGCCUCACAAAAAUGCUCACUUAGAGAUAAGAAGAAGAUUCCAUAUAAAUUCUAUCAGGGAGCACUAACCAUAAUAUUUUUUGGCGAUUUUUGUGGACAGAGCAUCAAAACUUAAAAAUGUUGGUUUUAAAUGUUUAAGCUUUCAAUCCAUGUCCAUCCUUGCCAUCCGUUGCAACAGAAGACAGGAAAAAAUUUCAAUGCCUAAAUUACAUAACUCUAUAAACAUCUUACAUAUUCCUAUUACAUAUUCCUAUGAAUGGUAAAUUACCUAAGUGACACAUAUAUAAAGCUACCAUACCAGGGGCACCCAACGACUGUUUUCUGUAAACUAGCUGUUUGGAGAAGCAAAUAUUGCCUAGAAUUUUCUAUUAUUUGAGGACGACUAAAAAUUUCUAGAUUACCGUUCCAUUCAUGUACAAUUUUCGAAGCAUAUCGUAUAAAUUCCCUACGAUUUUCUGACGCUUAAUUUUCACAUUUUACUUCCCGAGUUAGGCUAUUUUUUGUAGAAAAAAGGGAACCUAAAAUUUUCGGAUUCAAAAAUGUGAUGGCGUUAAGAAUCAGAAAACGCCUCACUUUCGUUAUACGCCAAAUUUCACCUAAAAUUUUCGGAAAAAUAACCCUCACACCCUUGUAGUUUCAGAAAGAAUCAAGUUCCCCUAGGAUGACCGAACAGAUACAAAGUUUAUAGUGCCGCUUAGAAUGCAUUUUUAGAUAGCUUCAAGUACUCUGGAUAGCCUAAAAAGUGUUUUCAACGUAUUUAGGAGGAAACCAUCAUUGGGUGCCCCUGCCAUACUACCUCACCCAACAUACUGUCACACUAUAUGGCACUUUUGCAGGAAAUCAGACGAGGGAAAAUUACAAAAGCUUCAGGAAAGGGCACACCGUAUUUUGUUCAAUAGCUAGUAACUCGUUUACUUAAAAUAAACUGUUAAGGAAAUCCAAUCUCAGCACAUUUCAUAACAGGCGACUACAAGAUAUUUCAAUAACUAUGUUCAAAUAUCAUAUGGGUCUAUUGCCUACAUAUUUUUAACUAAGUUCCCGAAGUGCGUUUUAAGAACUGAGAAUAAUAUCCAGAUUCAACACUGUUAGAUAUGGUAAACAUUCGAUGAGACAUUUCGGACCAAACCUACAGUCUAGACUUCCGAAAGAAAUUAGAAAUAUGUCAUCGUUCAGAUCUAGAAUUAGAAAAACAAACAUAACGGAACUGGUUAGUAAUUCUAACUGUCAGAACUGCUAUUUAUGCCACUCUUAAUUUACUUUUAGUGCUUGUAUUCUUAUAUAUAGCGAUACAUUCUUAUCACACAUUUUAUACAUCUAAUUUACACCACUAUAUUUAUAAUCUUACAGUGGAGAGUGUCACAAAAACUGGUUAGUAGGCCUGUGUAUUGUGAAAUAAAUUAUCAAUGAUUGUCACCAAACCAAGAUACCCGAUUUCCCAGGGUCAUCUAAGUCCCCUGUUCAGUAUUUAAUAACUUUAUGAUAUAUAUCUCAAAUUGUUUUAAGGCGAAUCGUGAGGAGGAAUCCUAGUAACUGGAGCGUAUAUAUACGUAGGAAGUGCUAACAGUGGAAAUAUGCAAUCAGUAUGUCGGGAAAAAAAACUCGAUUUGUUAAAAAAAACACAUAAUAAUAUAUAAUAAACAAUAAACAAUUGUUUUUUGUUUGUUUGUUUGUUUCGCAGAUGACUUUGAAACAGGAGUUAAGAGCAAUCAGCUUUUCGUCAGCUAUAGCUCCAAAGAUAUGGCCUGGAUCAAUGAAAAUCUGAUCCCCAUUCUCGAAAAGCACUCCGUAUCCUACAGCAUUCACACCCGAGACUUUGAGUUGGGACUGCCUAUCGUCCAAAACAUGGCAGACAGCGUCUAUGGCAGCCGCAAAGUUCUGAUUGUCUUGUCCGACAACUACCUCGUCAGCAACUUCUGUCGAGAAGAGCUGCACAUGGCCGUCCAAAGGGAGGCAGAGAGCCGAGAUUCUUCGCUUAUUCUUGUGGCCAUCGACAAGUUGAAGAAAAAGAAGUUGCCUGGUGCUUUGAGAAACAAGCAUUUGCUUGACUUUGAGAAGCUUAAGAUAAAACAGGAUUGGGAGAAAAAGUUGUUAAAUGUGGUAGCAGGCCCAGGGGCCAAAGUUGCUUAA